AUGCUUGGCUUCCUUACCCUCGCUGCCGCUGCCCUCAGCGCGUCGACCGUCGUCGCUCAAACCUCGACCUCCAACUCGACCGGAGGUGUCAACGUCAGCUCAUUGCCCGCUUGCGCCCUGAAUUGUGCCAUCUCGUCGUUGUCGGGUUCGGGCGUGAGUGUCUCAUAUUUUCCUGGGCCGUACCUUGUGAUGUUCUUGGAGUGCUCUGCCCGCCCAUGAUCGUUGGGCCUUUGGCGCCUCUGUUCGAGGGACGGACAGCCGCUUGGCUCGGGAUCCGCCGCACCAGCGUCCCCCGCGACGGCUAAAUUUGACCUACAGCACUGGGCGGGGGAGCGGAGGCCUCCCGAAGAUUGAGCCUCCUCCGACUUCCGACUAGUUGGACUUUCUGCCCCGUUUGUGAAGUGGUUCUUGGAUGGCUACCAACAUUCGCGGAUUCUCUAUUCUGUGCUUCCCUCGAUAGCCAAGCUGGAGAGCCUGAACUGAUCUUGACCACUCCUGUUCGAGACUGCAGUGCGCGACCGCCAACGUCACGUGCGUCUGCACCGAUUCGACCUACCAACUCCAGUUCUACAACUGCCAGACCAAGGGUAUGUUCAAAUCUGCAACAGCUCGACUCGGAAGGUCUUCCCGUCGUGCAGAUGGUCCCCUCGCUCGAGCACCUGCACCUCAGAGGGGACGAAUUCUCCACGACGAUGAACCUGGAUGUUGUUUGUGCCAAUUUUCUGACUUUGAUUGCUGACUUCCUCAAUCUCUGCCACAGCUUGCAACGCUACCGACCUCCAAGCCGCUUUGGCCUUUGGUGCCAAGACUUGCGCCGCGAACGGCACCCCUAUCAACACCGGCGUGGUCCCGAGUGGAGGUUAGUCGACCCACCAUCGUUGCGCCGAGAAGGAGGCCACAUCUGACUCGUUGUUUGACAUUUUUCUUUUUCAUCCUCAUUCCAUUCGUCUGCGAACAUGGGUCGCCUUCGUGACUACUCGCAAACGUACAACCGCCAGCUUCGACCACCGCUGCCGGGGCAUCCCAAACCGGCACGGCUACGUCUGCGAAGACCGCCACGGGCGCGGCCACGUCCGCUGCUGCUGCUGCUGCUACGACCGCCAAAGCCUCAGGAGCCGGUUCUCUCGUUGCCCAAACGCUCGGUGGCCUAUUGGCUUUCGCGGCUGGUGUGACGAUGCUUUUGUAG